CUCACUCAUUAAGCAGAUUUUAAUUGCUGAAAUUUCACUGAGUCAACCCCAGAGUCCAAAAGUUACUUGCUUACUGUCAUAAAAAAAAGGUUGCCAGUUUUUUAUCGUCUCUAUAGGGUUUUUUUUGCGUGUGUGUGGAUUUUUAUUCCUAAAUCAUGAGCGAAGAGGCCAAAACAGAGCCGUCAUGUGGGGAGCACAGCGAAGGUGUCCCCUGGUACCCCCUGAGAAAAUGGUGGCAGUCCAGCAGGCUUUUCAAUCAGGAUGUUGGCCUGCCGCCUGUCCUGGAGCCAGGGGACCUUCGGUGGAUGGAUGUGGACCGGCUCCAGAGGAGUCUGGCAGCCUGUUCCUGGCCAGGGUACAUACCCGCUCCAAUGUUUGUGCCCUACAUCUCUGGGUCGAUGCAUCAUCCCGGCCAGAAGAUUAGUAAGGAGCAGUACAAGUGGAGGGUCAGCCUGGAUGUGUCUCACUUCUUCCCCUCGGAGAUUUCUCUCAGCGUCAAAGACGGAUUCCUGGAGGUCGGAGGGAAACACGAGGAGAGGCCAGACGAGCAUGGAUUUAUUGCCAGAUGUUUUACAAGGAAAUACAGGCUCCCACCUGAGAUCGAUGCAACCAAAAUAGCCUCCACACUUUCUGUCGAUGGCAUCCUGAAUGUGGAAGCUCCAGUUUCCGAAACCUCUGUUCCUGCAACCGUCAUCAUUCCCAUAAAGGUGGAGCUGGAGGCGACUGCAGAGAAACAGGAGAAAGAAGAAGCCCCUGAUGCAAAACCAGGGGCAACUGAGGCCUCGGAUUCUCCAUCUGCACAGGGUGAAGGCAAAGAGUCUCCAUUAGAGGUCCAUGGCGACCAGGCCCAACCUGGCAGCGCCACAGAUGGGCCACAGCAGCAUGAAGAGAGAAGGGAACAGGAGGAGGAGGAGGAGACCCAUGAAAAGCCAGCUGGAGAGUCCCACCCUUCAGCGCCUGUCGGUGGCGAAGACCCAGACGGUCUUCAAGAUUCUUCUCAGCAGCAUGAAGCCCAGGAUGCAGAAGAGUCCAAGCAGCCAGAACACAAAGAAGCAGCCGUGGAUGGAGAGAUCCAGGUAAUGGCAGGCUCAGGGGAGGCUGCUGAGGAGAUCGCCCACCCUGAGGAGCCAGAGCUGGGCAAGAGUCCACCGAGCGAGGUCCAGAGCCAGGAGCUGGAGGCCCCCGACAUAAAACAAGAACGCACUGAGUAGAAACACAAAUAUGGCCAAAAUGUUGCACACAGCAUUAUGACAAAGUAGUGUCACUGCCUGCAAAGCUUGCACCAGCUCUCCAGAUGCAUUUUAGUCCAUAGAUAACAGCCAUAUAAAGCAUGCUGUCUUUGGAGCUCCAAUAAAGCAAUAGCAUGUGAACAUCUUAAA